AAUUAGUCAAUUGUCACCGGUUAUUGCUUGUCAAAUUUGUCAAAAAUUGUUGCCAUUUGUACUUAUUCGUUGCUUCAGUUAAAAUAACAACAAGAAAAUAUUAAAAACGUCAUAAAAAUGGAUUCUCUCGAUUUCUUGGAGAAGCGUAUUGAGGCUUUGGAACUCCAAAUUCUCCCAAAAAAUCCGAAUUUCACAAAUGACGAUAAAACCCAACAAAUCACAGAUCUUCUCCUACAAACGCAAACCAUGAUAAGUUCAGCAUUGAGUUGCCGAGAAGCCAUCACCUCGAUCCUGCAGCAUAUGACUACGAUCAAUGAGUAUCUUGAUCCCGCAAAUGGCGAAAAUGAGCUGGAGAUUGAAGCUAAGCGUCACUAUCUUUUGGAACUUUAUCCUGAAUUAAAAGAUACGGUUAAACUAAUCUCAACAUUUGAGAAUCUCACUCCAUACACUGACUCAGGGAGCAUUUUAAAAGUUACUGAAUUGACAGAUAAAUUGGAAAGUCUAGCUGUUUCUAACUUGAAAAUAUUCGAAGAAAGUCAAGAAGUUACUCAGAAAACUGUUGGUGCUUUACAACAGUAUAAUGAUAUAAUAACAUCAAUUAAAGUUUUGUUUGCACAACUUGAUCAAGCUAUAACUGAUUUAGAAGCAGCCCUGUUACCUAAAUUUGUUACAGAAGAGUAAACCAUAGAUCCUUGUACAUAACUCCUUUAUACAUUUUUUAUUUAUUUAUUAAUAAGGGUGUCUUGUAUUUUACAAGUCGUUUUGUUGAAAACCAACCAUUUGUUGUAGCUACUAAAAUGUCUUAAAUAUAAACAACUUCACCGA